AUGGCCAGCUCCUCUCCUUUCUUCAAUCAACCAUCUGACUCUCCCAAAUCAUCGCCCUCUUCAUACCGAUCAAAAGCCUCUAGACCGAUAACCUUCACAUCUUUAUCCGAACUCCAUCCCCUCAUCCUCUUCCAUCUCAAGAUCAUUUCCCCUCUCACCCUUCUCCCAGUUAAUAGAGCACUCUAUACGGAGCUCCUUCCCACGAUCUACAAAUCAGUCAAGCUAAAUCGACAUAAUGCCAAUGGAUUAUUUUACGGGUAUUCGGCACUGUCCAAUUCAUUCUAUCGAAAUAAACGGUCUCGGUAUUUAUCGGAUUUCCCAUUGAAGGGUAGACGAUCAAGAUCAUCACCUCCGGACGUCAUACCGCAACAAAAUGAUAGAUUCAGGAAAUCGAAAGCUCUCAGUUUGACCGAAAAGGUGAUAUUAGAAGAUGCAGAAAGUUUAAGUGUUAUAUGUCAAGUUCAUAUGGAGUUGUUAUCUUAUUCGCCUACUGUACCUCUAUCAAGAAGGAAGACAAUUCAGGAUCACGAUUACUAUUACGAUGUUGACCUUGAUCAUAGUCAUGGUAAUGGUCAGAAUCUAGGUCACUCAUCCAAUUCGACGACGGAACAUCCCUGGCCAUUGAAUAAUGUAGAUGUAUUGGAAGUAGGUUAUGAAUUGUUAGAAUACUUGGUCGAUUGUCAUUCACCUACUCCUACAAUGGGCAAAGGCAAGGGGAAAAGUAGAGAGAGAUUACCAAUUUGCUGUAUACCUUUUACACCCAAGGUACUUAUCAUUAACCUUCGACCCUUACCGAUAUCAGACGGAAAUGCUCGGAGGAUCGAGGGAAAGAGAUAUCUGAGGUUGGCUAUUAGUGAAUUGGCUAGUGAAUUCGAUGGAUUGGAGAAAUUGAUAUUGCGAUUUGAUCUCGAUCACCUCAAUGAAGGUAACCAUGAGGCGGUACAGAUACACGAUAGACAAGAAGAAGAAACGGAAGGGGAACCAGAGAUAUAUAUACCACCAGUGGAAAAUCCUCUACCUGCUCCGGAAAUAGUAGUGGUCUUAUCAAGCCAUCCAUCUCUCAAGGCAAAUGAGAAUGCCCGAAUGGCGAGUCAUGAGGAUCAAACGACGAGGUAUACGAGGGCUGUUGUUAACUUUUUAGAAGAUACAGGUCGAAGAAGUUUGAUUCUCCCCAAUAUACAGAUCGCCUCACCUACCGGUCAGAUACAUGAAAUACGAGACUCGGUAAAGAGGAUAGUAGAUGGUGGGUACCCUCAGAGUGUAGGUAAGAGGGUGUUAGAACGUACGAAGUUUGUAGGUCUUGACACUACCAGGUUUUAUUGA